UCAAUACGGUACACGUCCCACCUCUUAUUAAACGAGAUAGUAGUUACCAUAUCAUACCAGGUUCAUCUUGUUCUCAUUUCACACCAACCCCCCUUGCUUAUAUUCCUGCUUGCUUUGACUCAGAAUCUUACAUUGGCAGCUAUGGCGGUUAACGAUGAUCCUAUGGUGGUUCCCACUCUCUCUCCGCCCAACACCUACGAAGCCGUCGUCAAUGGUGGCACCUUCGACCGAUUGCAUGACGGCCAUCGCCUCUUUCUCACUACUUCAGCUCAGUUGGCAAAGCACCGUAUUGUCAUUGGAGUUUGCGACGGUCCUAUGCUUGCUAAGAAACAGUUUGCUGAACUCAUUGAACCAAUUGAGACAAGGAUACAUAAUGUCAAAACUUUCAUAAAGUCUGUUAAGCCAGAGUUGGAAGUGCAAGCUGUACCAAUCACAGAUCCUUAUGGCCCUUCCAUUAUAGAUGAAAAAUUGGAGGCUGUGGUUGUGAGCAAAGAGACUUUACCUGGUGGAUUGGCAGUAAACAGAAAAAGAGCUGAAAGAGGCCUCUCACAGUUGAAGAUUGAAGUUGUAGAUUUGGUCUCUGGAGAAUCAGGUGAGAUUAAGCUGAGUUCAUCAAUGUUGCGGAAGCUUGAGGCUGAAAAGGCCCAAAAACAAAGCACAAUACCAAUUGCAAAGAUGAAUGACUUGAUGACAAAAUCGUUCCUAAGUUAUGUGGAUUUGAAGAAACAGGCACAGAAAGAUUUUGAAGAUGUUGACCUUGAACUAGGGAACCUCAACCCAACACAAGACCCUAACCUCUCUCAAUUCUUCCAAGAAGUUGAAGCAAUCAAGGUUGAAAUGGAAGAGAUCACCAAUCUCUUAUUAGAUCUUCAGCAACUGAAUGAAGAGACAAAAUCCACUCACAGUGCGAAAGUUCUUCGCGGGUUAAGAGAUCGAAUGGAUUCCGAUAUGGUUGCCGUGCUGCGCAAGGCAAAUAUUAUCAAGGCUAGGUUAGAGGCUCUUCAAAAAUCGAACAUUGCGAAUCGAAGCAUAUCAGAAUGCUACAAAGAAGGAAGCCCUAUUGAUAGAACUAGAGUUUCUGUCACUAAUGGUUUGAAGGUCAAGCUUAGGGACAUGAUGAAUGAUUUUCAGUCCUUGAGGGAUAAAAUUGUGUUGGAUCAUAAGGAGGAUUUGAAGAGAAGGUACUACACUGUCACAGGCGAGGUACCUAGCGACGAGGUUAUGGAGAAGAUGAUAUCAGGGAGUCUCAAAGUUGAGUUUUUGGCUGGGAAAACAGAUGCUGAUAUGCGUACUCAGGUUAGGCAUGAAGCUGCGAUGGAUAUUCAGAGAAGUUUGAAUAAGCUUCAUCAAGUUUUUCUUGAUAUGGCUAUUUUGGUUGAGACUCAAGGCGAAAAAGUGGAUAACAUUGAGGAUAAUGUGGUCAAUGCUGCUCAAUACAUUCAUGGUGGAACUAGUAAUCUUUACUAUGCCAGCCAGAUCAAGAAGAGGAACAGGAAAUGGGUCUAUUGGGUUAUUGCUGUUUUGUUGAUUGUGCUGCUGGUUUGUCUCAUUGCAAUGUUGGCUUCUUGAAUGAAGCUAUUUUGG